UCUGGGCCCCGAUUCCAGGGCCGAGACCGAAUGUACGUUAUUUGCGGGAAAUACAAGUUCGCGCCACAUUCAUUGUUGCUACUGGCUGUUUGCAGCAGAUGGCUGGAUGUGAGGGAGGUUGUGUGGUUGAAAUAUGUGGAAAUUUGGAGCCUGUUGAUGGUAUUACUUGUUAAUAAGCACGUGCCGUGUAUGAUUUUUGAGUUGGUUUUAGUGUGGGCAUUAAAUCGAGUGUAUUGAGGAAAGUAAAUGAACGUAAAUUUGUAAUUAUGGCACGGUGACUGCGGCUAACCAAGCCAAUCACAAAACAAAAGACUACACCUUCAAAUGCUCGGCAUCAUUGCAUCCUUUUUUUGUGAUCAUGUAACAUUUUAAAAUUUUAGUGAAGAGUUGCAGUUAUACUUCAUGCCGUGGCUGGAUGUUUUUGCUUUUCAUUAAUAGAUAGUGUGCCACUAGCGGCAUGCCUCGUGGGAGAAGGCCUGCUGCAUUGACUAAUAAUGGGACCCGAAAUAUCAGCACACCAGAAGCGAAACUGGGUGAGCAGCAUUAUGUUGAUAUCACAACUGCAGAAGAGGUGACAGUUGUUACACCAACUUCAUAUCAUCUGCUUGAUCAUGAAUAUGGUCAGACACCACAGAACCAGAUAAUAAGGUGCCCUGCAGUUCCACCACCAAGGAGUGAGAAUGUUAAACGGCGCUUAAAUCUGGAAACAUCACCAGCAAGUGAUGCUGGUUUCAAGACUCCUCGCUCCAAAACUCGUUUGAGGACAGCAUCCAGCUCAAGUUCUUGCUCAUAUGGAAGUCCAAUACCAAAAGGGAAAAAUGUAGAACGAACACGAUAUGAUACAUCCCUUGGCCUACUGACAAAAAAAUUCUUAAAUUUACUCCAGUCUUCACCAAAUGGUGUUGUUGAUCUCAAUAAAGCAUCAGAAUCUUUGGAUGUCCAGAAGAGGAGGAUAUAUGACAUCACUAAUGUGCUUGAAGGCAUUGGAAUUCUGGAAAAGAAGUCAAAAAACAACAUACAAUGGAGAGGUGGCAGUAUGGUUGGCAGUUCGGGGCUGUCAUCUGCAAGUAAACUGCAGUGUGAUAUAGAAGACUUGGAAGCCAAAGAAAAUGAUCUUGAUGCACUGAUACAAAAUGCUGAGGCCAAUCUUCGCCAAAUGAGUGAAAAUAAACGUUACGCUUACAUCACAUACCAAGAUUUAAGGAGCAUUGCAGAAUACCGCCAACAAACGGUGAUGGCUAUCAAAGCCCCACCAGAAGCAAAACUUGAAGUACCAUCGGCAAGUGAGGGCCUGACAAUGCAUAUGAAGAGCCAGCAUGGUGAAAUUGAGGUUUUCCUUUGUCCAGAAGAACCAGCACCUCAACCCACUCCUGACCCUGUAGCCUCAUGUAGCGCUGGGGAAUUUGGUCUUGGUCUUGACAGUCUGGAACUGUCAGAAGAUUUUGUAAUUAAGGAAGAAGAUCCAAUAGGAAGGGAAUGUGACGAAGACAUAUUACCAGGUCCCAGCAGCCUUGGUCCUCUUAUGGGAGGCAAGCAGUCAGAUCCACAUCUUCCUACAGCUGCAGAACCAGAUACCAUGCUGGACAUGGGAUUUUCGUCAUAUUGCGAGCCUUUCCUGUCGCUGGAGCCUCCACUGUCUGAUGCAGACUAUAACUUCAGUUUGGAUGUGGAUGAGGGCCUUAUGGAUCUCUUUGAUUUUUCUUAAAACCAGAAGUGCCCUUUCUUGUGAGAUGCUGUGUUACUUACAUAUAUGGGUAUCAUUCCUGUACAUAAAUUGUAUUGUCUAAUGCAUUCUGUGAAUCAUACUAUAUUCAAAGUGCUGUAGAUGUAACAAAUCAUGUAACUGUAACGUUGCACUGGCAUGCUGAAACACUAUUUUUGCACGACCAGUCUUGCCCAUUUCUAGCAGUUAAAAGGAGGGAUCUUUCAUAAAGAAGUGAUUGUUUAAUCUUGGAAACACCAAAGAAAUUCUUAAUUUUACCAGUGUACAAAAGAAAGGAGAUUACUCCAUAAUUUCCCUUUAUUGCAAUGAACUUCAUUGGAAAAUUACUGCAAUUUUUUAUUAUUAUUAUUUCCUUGGCCCUGUAAAGGGUAAUCCGUGCAUCAGUGUUGUGGAUUUGUGGAUAACUAUCAGUCUCACAGAAAGUACUGUUAUUUAUGUGACAUGAGGUUGUUGUGCUUAUUGUUGAAUGUUUUUUCUGGAACAUUACAUGUGUGCUGUUCUGAUGGGAGAAAUGUUGGCAUUGAAACAUUUAUUUUUUACACAAUUGCAGUGUUAAUAAUGUAACUUUUAAUCUUACCUGUGCCAUUAUUUUUUAAAGAAAAAAAACAGUGAGUAACCUUUGUGGUCAGGGAUAAAUUAUAAUACGUUUUGUAAAUUAUGUACCGUAAUACUAAAUAUUUAGGUUUAAUUUAUAAGCAUAGUUAAUUUAUUUUGCACAGAAAAAUUCAAAUCUAUCUCAUGAGUCUUCUAUAUAAAGUUAAAGCAUCAUUUUUAGUAUCGGGAAGUGGAUCAAGUACAGUAAAUACUACUACUACUAUAAAUUUGACUAUUCUUAAUUAUUUGUUUUUCACUAUGAACUUUGCUGUUCCAGUUGAAAUGAAAUACUCCAAGUACAUAAUGAAUUGGAGGUUCUUUAUUUGAUGUUAUGAUUUAAAAAAAGUGUGUUACUGUGGAAGGUGAAGCGAUCAGAACAAUUUAUUGGCAGUUGUUCUCUGUCAUCUAGGCUGUGCAAAAUGUAUCCAUUGUGUUGCACCAAAUGUCUUUUUAAAUGCCAUGAUUGUAGUUGACCUGGAAUGAAAUAUUUUUUAUGUUAUUUAUGAGUGUGCAUCCUGUAUUAUAGCUUAACAAACUGCACUGUACAUCAGCUAAUAAUAGGCUGUGUUUUGUAUGUAACUAUUUUUUAUUUUCCCCCUGUCAAUUACCUUUUAUCAGCAUUCCUUCUCCUUAGUCCUAUCAUGUUGCACAUUUCAUUGUAUUUUGUAAUUACCUCAAGUUUAUCUGGAAGAUUCAGCCCACAUGAUGUUGCACUUAUUUGUGUGAUUUGAACUAUUAUAUAUGUUUGUUAUAGUGUGAUUUUAUUUU